UCCAGAUUUCCUUAUGUCUCAUUUCAUACUCAGUCAUGAUGGCAACCAAACAAGACCUUUUUAUUUUGCUCUCUAUGCUCAGUUCGGCGUGUGCACUCUACAAGCAAUGGGUUCCAGACACCAACUUCGAAAAUGCGACAAACUGGGACAAAGGUUCUGUGCCUUGUGGAAGUGACAAAGUGAUAUUUCCACCCCAUGGCAAGGUAGCAGUGUAUGUGGAGGGAGCGCAUACACUUUCAGAAAUGUUUCUGCCUGUGGAAGGAGAGUUUAUUCUGGCCUCAGGUUCUGGUUUUUCCAUUAGAGAAGGUCAGGAUCCUAGCUGUGGGACAGGCAGCACAAAAACCUUUAAAGACCCUGACUCUUUGGAGUGGUUCGAUCCUGCUCUAUGGAAGGCGGCUUCCUCGUUAGAUGACCUGCAGAGCGGGCCCUAUAUCUUCUCCGUCGAUGAUGAGGCUGUACCUUGCCAGCAUGAUGAUGUAGUGUUCCGGGCUGGCUCUUCUUUCCGUGUGAAACUCUCAGCACAUGAUGGAAGCAUUUCUGUGAAGAGUGUGUCAGUGCUGGGGAAGAAAUUCCAUGACAACUCUGACUUCACACAGUACGCUAGUUCCCAACUCGGGAAGCUGCAGUUUCAUGGAUCUUCAGCAGUCAGUGUCAGUGGAUCAGCCUGCGGUGAUAUCACUGGUUGUGUGUGUGAAAAUUCAGGUAACCAUGACUUGAUCUGCUCAAAGGUCACGUGUCCACCUCUGCACUGCAAGAAACCCUUGGAGCCAGUGGGGCACUGCUGUUAUGUAUGUGGUGCCAUCGUGACUAUUCAUUUCUCUAAAACCUUUGGCCUCGAAUCGUACCGUCAGCGACUACAGCACCUCUUUCUCAGCUUGUCUAAGUAUAAAUCUAUUCACAUGGCUUUGUCAAAAGUAUUAAAACCUCAGAGACUGAUGCAAAUCAUUCCUUAUGGGAACACCCAAGUGAUUCAGGUGGUUCUCCUGGAGGAAAAUACUGGUUCACAGUCUGGAAAGCUAGCUGAGGCUCUUGCUCGGGAUAUACUGAAGGACAUUGCUGACCAAGGUUCUCACCUGGGCAUAGACAGUGCAGACUUUUAUGGAUCGUCAGGAGCAAGUAGUGGUGAUGUAUCUGGAUUAAGUGGUGGAGAGGUGACUGGGAUUAUCCUGGGUAUUCUGGCUUUGGUGGCUUUCCUGGCUCUGUUUAUAGUUCUUCAACGCCGGGGAAUGCUCAGAGUGCCACGUUUACCCCGGUUGAGUAGCUGGAGGAAGAGUAGUGAGAUUGGAGACCUGGGUGGGCCUCUAGAUCAUAAUUUUGAUAACCCCAUGUUUGAGAAGCAAAACCCAGAGAUCCCUGGGCUGUAUGGAACAGAGAGUCUGGGUGGUAUCACUUUAACACAUUCAGGUGUGCACUUUGUCAAUCCUGUGUAUGAUGAAACUGACUUUAAUGCAUGAUGCUGAUUUAAUGUGAUACUCCUGUCACUCCUUCACAUGUUGUUGCAAUGUAAGACGUAAAGCCAUACAUAAAAUUGCAUAAUGAAAUAGCACGGUGUGAUUAAAAAAUUUUGUUUGUUGCUUAUUCCAGUACAGUAAUUGCAAGAAUUUUUUAAAAUCUUUAUUAGGAUUCUUUAUUAGGAUCUUUAUUUGAUCUGAAUGUUAAAUGAAUGAAAUGUUAAAUGAAACUUAAGAUAACAUUAUAAUUAAGUACAGUUCUAAAUUACUUAUACAGUCAC